UCUAAGACCGUGGAUUUGACUAAAACAGCGAGCGCUCAGCUUCCUGCAGCAGUUCAGUUUCGCUCCACAGUGCAGUAAAGAGCGUCUAUUGCUGUCUGGGUGGCGCUAGCAACGCGUGGCAGGCGCGGGCGGGCGGGUCGCGCACGUCCCUCCUCUUGACUACCGCGCUUCGACUCCUUGUUCGUGGAAACCGGAGAGCACAGCGAAUUCCGGUUUAGGCUCGGUUCACUCCGUUCUACAUUCGGCUACCUUGUUCCGUCUUUUUUUUUUUCCUCCUUUCCAGUAUCCUCGUCGCCACUGCGACCACCAGCACCACACGACUUGUCAGUUUCCCUUCCCUCCCUGGGUGUUAUUCUGUUCCUCUCGGCAGUUCCCGGCCCAGGCUAUGGCGGCGAGCGCGAAGCGAAAGCAGGAGGAGAAGCACCUGAAGAUGCUCCGGGAAAUGACGAGCUUACCUCCCAACAGAAAGUGCUUUGACUGCGACCAGCGCGGCCCAACUUAUGCCAACAUGACGGUGGGCUCCUUCGUCUGUACCUCCUGUUCAGGCAUUUUACGAGGAUUGAACCCUCCACACAGGGUGAAGUCCAUUUCCAUGACGACCUUCACACAGCAAGAAAUCGAGUUUUUGCAGAAACAUGGCAAUGAGGUGUGCAAACAAAUAUGGCUAGGCCUUUAUGAUGACAGGACCUCUGCCGUUCCAGACUUCCGUGAACCACAAAAAGUAAAAGAAUUUCUUCAAGAAAAGUAUGAGAAGAAAAGAUGGUUUGUUCCCCCAGAGCAGGCCAAGGUCGUGGCCUCUGUCCAUGCCUCCAUCUCAGGAUCUUCAGCUAGCAGCACCAGCAGCACUCCUGAGGUCCGACCCCUCAAGUCACUGCUUGGGGAAUCUGCCCCCACACUGCACCUCAACAAGACUACACCUAGUCAGUCCCCAGUGGUGAGCCGUGCACAGGCACAACAGAUGGGUCAGCAGUUCCAGGAGAAGAAGUUUGACCUCCUCAGUGACCUGGGCGGUGACAUCUUUGCUGCCUCAACGUCUCAGACCGCAGGCUCUGCCAACUUCGCAAACUUUGCACAUUUCAACAGCCACCCAGCUCAGAAUACUGCUAAUGCAGACUUUGCAAACUUUGAUGCGUUUGGACAGGCUGGUGCAACGGCUCAAUUCCCAUCAGCACCACAGGCUGCUUUUCAGCCCUCACACACAGGUAGCAGCUCUGGAUUAGCUAAUGCCAGUUUUGCAAAUUUUGAAAACUUCCCCAAAUCCUGUAGCGCUGACUUUGGAUCCUUCAGUUCCUCCCAGAGUAACUCCGCAGGAGGCCCCAAAGCGGCUGUAGACAGCACUAGCGUCCCAGCUGAUAGAUACACAGCUUUGGCUGACCUGAAUAACAUCUUUAGCUCUGCCAAACCUGAGCAAGGAGGUAGUAUACUUAGUGGGAUAAGUUCUGCCCCGGCUUCAGCAGGAGUAGUGCCACCUCAGUCCCAAUCUGCUGGGGGUGGAGGCGACCGCUAUGCUGCUUUGGCUGAGCUGGACAAUGUCUUCAGUUCUUCUGCCCCAACUAGUAGUGUGUACAGCACAAGCAGCUCUGCCCCAGGCAGUGUCUAUGGUGCUGUGACAGGGGUUACUCCAGCCCAGGUACAGCAGGUGAUACCCAGCAUGCCCCCGGGUUUUGGAGCAGCUCCAUCAACAAAUCCCUUUGUUGCUGCUCCGGUUGCCCCAGCAACCGCCCCUACCAAUCCGUUCCAGACCAAUGGCAGAGCAGCAGCUGUGGCAGCCACAGGCUUGUUUGGAACCCUGCACGGGCAGGCCUUCCCUCAGGCCCAUUUUGCCUCAUUUGGCACAGGCUCUAUGAGCAUGCCGGCUGGUUUUGGGAACACUGCUGCUUUCAACCUUCCAACCAGCUUCAGUGGGACCUUCCAGCAGCCCUUCCCCGGACAAGCACCCUUCCCUCAGCCCCCUGCCUACCCUCAGCAGCCCAAUGGUGCAGGCUUCCCAGCCUUUGGACAGGCCAAACCUGUGGGUGCACCCUUUGGACAGGCAGUGUCAGGACCCGGAGUGUCUAGUAACCCCUUCCUGGCAGGAGCUUCUGCAGGACAGUUCCCCACAGGUGGUUCCUCCACAAAUCCUUUCUUAUAGCGCACUUUCCUAGAUUGGCCACUAGGAGGUGACAAGUCCAACACACACCUCUUGCACUGUUUGGUUUCAGAAGUAGCUUUAAAAAACAAGGUUUCUAAAACUGGUAUUUUGUAUUGAGUUAACAAAGCUGAUGAAAUCAAUGGAAACUGUCAGUGAAACAUGGAAAUGAUGUGCAGAAGGGUCUUUUCACAUCCUGUAUUUAACCUGUGAACUGGCCUGACACCCACAGAGCCAACUGUAUAUUAAACCUGGCUGAUACUAAGUUAUUGCAAAUACCCAGUUCAUUAUGCUGCAAUCCUGUACAUAUUUUUUCUUAGAAAAUUAACUCUUUGUGCAUAUCAGUAUUUGUAUCUAACAUGUGUAUGUAACAGGAAAUAGGAAGUGGGCUACAGAGAGUUACUUUAUUUGUGAAUAACUAAAUACAACACAGGCAGUUCGGUAUCCAUAACUAUAUAUUGCUAAAAAAAGAGAAAGAUUGUAUUCUGUUGGUAAAAGGAAAAAAAAUAAACAAUCUCUUUUUGUUCCCCGACCUGAGGGCUUUCACUCCACCUAAAAGGGGGUGGGGCUUACCUGGAUAUUACAUUACAUUUGCUUGUCCAGCUCCUCAGGUGGUCGGUGACUAUUAGGCUAAGACCACUUAUGUCAGGUGUUACAUAAAUUUAAGUUAAUGUGUAUAUAUAUUAAAAUGGAUUUUAACUAAAUGAAUCAUC